CUAACUAGAGAGGUGCAAGACAUAGCAUCUUUGGAGGAGAAAUUAGGUCGGCAAUUGUCAAAGCAAGAAAGAAGUAGAAUAGGUGUAAGCAAACUUAGGCUUUUUCUAGAAGAAUUGUUACAGAAAAGGUAUAUGGAUAGCAUUCCUUUGGUCAUUCCUCUUCUUGAGAAGGAGUACCACAGCACAACAAGAAAGCUAACUGAAAUAAAUAAGGAACUCAGCACUUUGGAUGAAGUGAAAUUGAGGGAAAGAGGAAGAGCUUUUCACGAUUUAUUUCUGACCAAGUUGUCCUUGCUUCUGAAAGGGACAGUUGUUGCGCCGCCAGAUAAAUUUGGUGAAACACUAGUAGAUGAGAGAGGUAAUGGAGGAGCAUUUGUGGGUGCCGAUGGUCUUCAAUUGCCACACAAGAUAAUACCUAACUCUGGAAUGCGUCUUUAUGGAGGUGCACAAUACCAUCGUGCAAUGGCUGAAUUCCGAUUCAUUGUGGGAGGGAUAAAAUGCCCACCAAUUACAAGGGAAGAAAUUGUCAAUGCUUGUGGUGUUGAAGAUAUUCACGAUGGGACAAAUUACUCAAGGACAGCUUGUGUUAUAGCAGUUUCAAAGGCUCACGACACUUUUGAACCUUUCCUCCAUCAGUUGGGUUGUAGGCUCUUGUACAUUUUGAAGAGAUUACUUCCUAUCUCUAUAUAUCUUAUGCAGAAAGAUGGAGAAUUUUUAAGUGGACACAAGGUAUUUCUCAGGCGCGUUGCUUCGGCUUUCAACAACUUUGCUGAAUCUACUGAACGAGCUUGCCGUGAGAAAUGUUUGGAGGAUUUAGUGAGUACAACCCGUUACGUAUCCUGGUCCCUCCACAAUAAGAAUCGGGCUGGGGUUCGUCACUUUUUAGACUCAUUUGGUGGAACCGAGUCAUCCAGUGUAGCAGCCAAUUCCAUACCUCCUGGAAAUUCCCAAGAGUCAUCGCCUGUGUCCGUUGCUGCAGAGAAGCACGGCACCAAGCCAAGAGCAGAUACAAAGCUCAGUCAUAUACAUUCGAGCAUUGAUUCAUACUCUUCCUCUCAGACAGCCGAAACAAAACUCGCCGACCUUCUAGAUAGCACACUUUGGAACCGGAGGCUUGGUUCUUUCAUCAGAAAGGAUUGUUUAUGCAUUGUUCAACUGCUUUCUUCUAAUGCCAGUAGUGGACAAAUUACCUGCACGUCUCCGGGAGGACCUGGAUUCAACAUUUUCCGAUGA